CCGGCGCCAUUUUGUUCGAGGUGGGCGGGAAGGUGAGGAAGCGGCGGCGGCGAGGGCGGGGGAUGCCUCUGCUGCCGCCGCUGUUGUCCACCGGAUAGGGCGUCUGAGGGGAGCCGUCCUCGGGCGGCUAUCCGUGCCAUGGACCCGACUGGGCCGCGUGGGCCGCCUGGCGGGGUCGGGGGAGCCCCGCCGCCUCCUCCGUUACAGCCCCGGGAGUACAAGCUGGUGAUGUUGGGCGCCGGAGGCGUCGGCAAAAGCGCCAUGACCAUGCAGUUCAUUAGUCAUCGUUUCCCAGAAGACCAUGACCCCACCAUCGAGGAUGCUUACAAAAUGCGAAUAAGGAUUGAUGAUGAACCUGCUAAUCUGGACAUUUUAGACACAGCAGGCCAGGCAGAAUUUACCGCCAUGAGGGACCAAUACAUGAGGGCAGGCGAAGGGUUCAUUAUCUGUUACUCAAUCACAGACCGCCGAAGCUUCCAUGAAGUGCGCGAGUUCAAGCAGCUUAUCUACCGUGUUCGGCGCACAGAUGAAACUCCCGUGGUUCUCGUGGGGAACAAGUCUGAUCUAGCUCGUCUCAGACAGGUCCCCAAGGAAGAAGGUUCAGCCUUGGCACGCGAGUUUGGCUGCCCUUUCUUUGAAACUUCAGCUGCCUUUCGCUACUAUAUCGAUGAUGUGUUUCACACUCUGGUUCGAGAAAUCCGAAGGAAGGAGAAAGAAGCAGUCAUGGCGCUGGGGAAGAAAUCCAGGCCUCGGACGAGUGUGUGGAAGAGGUUGAAAUCUCCCUUCCGGAAGAAGAAGAAGAAUUCUGUGACAUGAAUCAAAUAUGUCUGUCAGCCAAAUAACUGUGUGGCUUGCAGGAGAACCAAAGCAGUCCAGCAGCCCUUUGGAGCCUUGUGCUUGUUUCUGCUGACCGUGCCAAUCAAGAGACUUUUGUGUGUUCAAAACUGGAUGGAGUGAUUCUGCCCUGCCACCAAGAGUGUCGCGCUACAUUGCGUGCUUUGAAAGUUUGUUUAAUCUGUUUCUUCCUGGAGAAGACUUGGCAAAGAAAAGUAACAAUUGAUCCAGAUGGCCAUAAAUCAGUUUUGCAAAUAAGUGCAAGUCGCAUAGCCAACUAGUCUGCCCGUAUGUAUUUUGUGCCUCGCAAGGUUGGCUUGUGCCAGUUGGUCUGAUAUUUUAAACAGUUGCCAACAUUAGGAUACCUUCUGGAUUUGGGUGUUGGUGUCUCAACAGCAUUUCACAGGGUUAUAGUUGAGUCCUAAUUUUGCUGUUCAGAAGCCUUGUUGCAUAAGCUAUAUAUUUCCCCCCCUAGGAAGGUAGCAAAAUGUACACGAAUUUGAUGAAGUUGAUUUGUUGGGAUUUGUGGGCCACUCGUGUAGCAGGUUUGCUACAAUUGGUUGCUUCAAGCAUGGGGGAAGAAUGCUAAAAGAUUUGUGCCAAAUCUUUAUUCUUGUGUAUUUUUCCACUAAGUUGAUUCCUCUCGGGAUGGGGAUGGGGAUGAGCAGAUCAGUGUCUGUCAGCAAAGUUGUUGAAAACUUCAAAGCACAGGAGACGCCAAGAGUAUGCACAACUAUUGCACAAGUUUCUUAGCAUGUGCAAUUUUGACUGUUUCUGUAAUAAUUGACACUCGAGAUGCAUUGGUAGUCUCUCUUUUAAAUACCUUUCCCAGUGCCAUAUUCUUUUAGAUUUUGCAGGAAAUGUUACCGUUUUUUCCCCUUCCAUGUGGAGUGGGGAGUACUGGAUUGUGCAGUAUUAACUGGAGAUGAACUUACACCACUUUUCUGGGAUUCUUGUCCCAGUCUCUGAAAUUCAUAGGAAACUGCAGGUGAGAGCUUUCUUGUUAGGAAGUUUCCCUGCCUCCUUCUGAGGGGUGGUGGUGAUCUGUGACCAGUGAAAAAUAGAAAGGUGCUGCAGGAAGGAGUUGAACUGGGCAUAGUGGUUGUUACUGGGAAGUUGGAGAGUGGUGGUGUCAAGUGGCUAUUGUGAAAGGGUGAUUGUCGAGGGGCUGUUGGUUGGAAGCUGACCCACUGACCUGUGGCGCAAUCGGGUGGGUGGACACAGCAACAGCUUUCGCUGUGAAAAAUCCAAGGUCGGUCCAGUUCAAAAAGGAUCUUUGGUAGCAAGGCUGGGAAAGACCCUCCUGCUACCUCCACUGAUGGUAGCAGUGUGCUUCAGAAUACGGUUGCUGGAAAACACAGGGGAGGAGAGUGCCGUCGCUCCCAGGUCCUGCUUGGCCACUGUGAGAACAUGAUGCUGGACUAGCUGGGCCACUGACCUGAUCCAGCAGGCUUUUUAAUGUCCUUAUGCUGGGAACCUGGAGAGCUAUUGCUACCCAAGAGUGGACAAUUCUGGGCUAGAUAAAGGGAUGGUCUGAUUCGGUAUAAGGCAGCUAAUACAUGCUUGUAUCUCAGGCCUUAGUUCUAAUCUAAAUCAUCUGGGUCAAUGGAUCAUACCUCAGUGUUGACAUCCUAGUAGGAAUGUGUUGUACGCACGCAGAGUUGUAUUGGUGCUGAUCGUAAAGUGAAAGAUUUUGUACUGUGAUUUUUGUGCAGGGGGAACACUUUGGAAGGAGCACAGAGAGGAUUUUUUUCAGGACUCAGGCCUGUACUUGAAAAUGUAGCAAACCCCAUGGGGAGAGCCACACAAUUUCUUGCCACUUCCUUGCAUUUUUUUUUCAUACACCAGAAGAGCCGCGUGCCUUGGAGAGUUGAAACAUUACCUGGUUUUUGACAAAUACAUGGUUUUUAAAAAUCACCAAGCCAAUAUCUAAUAUGUAUAUCAUUCAGGUGUCAAGAAUAAGCAAAUCCAUCUUGAAUUAAAUUCCCAAGUGCCUUCAGGAAGUCAUAGAGCUGAAUUUCUAUCCCUGGGUUUCAGUUACUAUACUACAAAUGUGAUCAUUUUGCAAAAGAUUUUAAAGGGGGGGGGAUGAGAUGAUACAAUUAGCCAGCUGGAUACAUUAGCCUUUUCUCAAACCUCCUGCCAAGUUUCUUUGUUUGAUCUCCCUGGUCAGAGAAUGACUGGAGAAAGAGUUAAAAUCUUUCUGUUACUUUUUAGGAAAUUAAUCAAGCAAUAAUAAAAUAGAGGCACUUCUUGGGUUCUUGAAGUAUAUUUUGUAUUGCUCUUGAAUUACCAAGUUGUACCAGUUGUAGUAUUUUUAAUAUAUAAAUCUUACUUGCAUUAUGAAUUCU